AUGCCAAGGCACUGUUCCAAGGAAUCUGACCCUUGGCAGCGAAAAAUUGGAACGACCCAAGACCAAUACAGUCAUGUUGAAUAUAUAUAUAUAUAUACAUGUGAUUUUCCAGCAAGCCAGCCAAAAAAUAAAAACAAUGAAAGAGUGACAGCACGACCAAAUCCAGACCACAGCACACCUUCCGAGGCAAAGCGUUCCUUCUUCUCCGGGAUCUUCCGCACAGAAACUGACUUGGAACUCCAGGGCCCAGGUUGUGAACCUCUUACAAAUGACUUUGGCUAUGAGUUUGAGCUUCUGGAUUGCUGGCACAGAUCAGACAAGCAUUCAGCAAAGGUGACAAGAUUCCACAGAUUGGUGACCCGCUCGUCAUUGUCCAAGUACCUGGGCUCAUCCGUCAACGAUGAUUCUGAAGAUUCGGAAGUCGUUUUCGUCAUAAAGCCCUUUUCAGCAAAGAAGAUUGCGUGGGACAUUGUAAUUUUUGGAGUUGUGCUACAUGAUGGAGUUGUGCUUCCUUUACAGCUUUUGGGCAUCCAAAUCUAUUUGUCCAGAAUGUUGGGGUGGCUUUUCGCAAUCAUUUGGACUAUCGAUGCAGUCACAUCCAGCUGCAUUUCCUACGAGCGUCUUGACGGAACUUGGGAGACACGAUUGUCCCGCACGUUCCGCAAGUACCUCACAGGUUUCUUCCUGCCAGAUGUAGUGCUUGCCAUACUGAGCUGGGUUGAACUCUUCGUAUCGUCCCAGACAUUCCAGCUUGUGCGCAUCCUGAGACUCGCACGCUUGUGGCGGAUUGAGGCCAUUCUGCAGCUCAUUUCGAACAAUAUCCGAUCUGAACGUGCUGUAUUGUGUAUUGGCAUAUCAGGCAAGAUCUUGUGGCUGAUGGUCUUCUUGCAUUUCAUGGCAUGCUUUUGGGUCGCGCUUGGGCGCCAAGAUGGGGGCUGGGUCACAGUACACCGGCCUGGCGCCAGUGAUGUGGAGCAGUACAGCGUAGCUUUUCAUUGGGCGUUGGCUCAGUUUCAUGGGACGAUGGAGUUGUUUCCCUACACACUGGAGGAACGGAUUUUUGCAUUUACCUAUCUACUUUUGGCAUACCUGCUGGCAGUGGUCUUCAUUUCGUUCAUCACAUCAGCCAUGACCAGGUUGCACCUCAUCACAGGUGUGCAAGCGGCUCAUCAGAGAGUGCUCCGGUGGUUUCUUAUCGACAACGGGAUUUCCAGGCAACUUACCGCUCGCAUUUACUCCAACUUGAAAACCACUCUGACUGUUCAGCAGCACGCAGUGCCUGAAUCGGAGGUGGAAUUCUUGGAUUUAGUCUCUGAGAAUUUGCGCAUGGAGUUGCAUUGUGAGAUGUAUGGCCCUAGCAUUCGCCAUCAUCCGCUUUUUGAGCCGAUCAACACACAGUUGGUAAAACAGCUAUGCCACACAGCCAUCACUUUGGCAAUUGUCUCGUAUGGCGACCUGGUGUUCAUUCAAGGAGAAGUUCCGGUGGAGCCGCGCAUGGUGUUUGCCAACGAGGGUGGCCUCAUGUACUUUCGCAGUGGGAGGUAUGAACCCAUCCCAGUGCAUCAUGGGCAGCAUGCGGCUGAGCCAGUGCUUUGGACAGACUGGCUUCAUCAUGGAACACUUCGUGUGGCAAGUCUUCGAGCAAGGCUGCUGCUGCUCAACGCCAGCCGCUUUCAAGAGCUGGCUGUGAAGAAUACAAGCCCUGACGUGGAUUUGUUCGCCUAUGCGUCCGAAUACGUGCGGCAAUUCAACGAGCUGGACCCUUUGGACCGACAUGACCUUUGGGAUGGGAUGGACUUGUCCCAACUUUGAAGCUGCAGCUAUGGGGGCUUUGGCGAGUUGUAUGUUUAGGAGGUAGGUUGCAGUUAGUGGGAGUUUACUUUUUGUGGGAUUUGACGGAAAGUCAGUCAACGUAUGUUCGUGC